GAUGACAGUUAAAUGACGAAUUUGCAUUGAAAUUGAGGAUGGAUUCGUGGCUAAUUAUUUUCUAAUAAAUCGGUGUUUUAACAUUAAUAAAUCCAUAUAUUUAUGAUUUUACCGUGUUAUAAUUGACUCAAUUUAAAGGACAACAAUGGGUGUUGCAAUAAGCAGAUACUCGGAGCUGUCAUCUAAUGAACUGCUUGCGAGAUUCUGCUCCAAGGAAGUGAUAUGCGCCAAUGAUCCCUUCUGGAACCAGCUGUUGGCUUUCAAUAUCAAUCCACCAGCCUCUGCAGAAGAGCAACUGGUGUUUGACUCAAGCGCGGAGUGUCUCCUACAGAAGUUUUUACAGAACAAUCCACAGACUGGCAACCUCGGUUCGUUGGUACAAGUUUUCAUAACCAGAGCCACGGAGUUGCUGGCCUCUCCUAAUAGUGAUAAUGUAAUGUUAGCAUGGCAAACGUACAACGCCUUAUUCGUAAUUCGGGCUGUGAGCAAGUAUUUAGUUGAAAUGGUGCCAGAGUAUGAACUGUGCCGCCAUCUAGACGUGCAGGCCGAGAGGAGAGUGGCCAACGGACCGGUCGACAGGGACGCCGAUUCAGUUACUCCAAACCCUCAAGAUCAGAACGCUGACCAGCCGUCGCCACAUGAUCAAAAGGUCACAGAGUCACCUAAGAUCCUCGGCGCGGAGAGUCGAGUGGAAGUUUUAAUUGAUGCGUUAAUUGGAUUAAUCAUUGAUAUACCGGUCACUGAUAACACAUACUAUUUACACCUGGAGUGUAUAAACACGCUGCUGGUACUAAUGUCCGUCUACAUGUUCGCCGGCGUCCACGGACAGACGCGACUUGUGGAGACGUCACUUAUAUACAGAACCCUCUUCCAAGGCAGAUACGGUAUGCACGCGCCUUUGUUAGUGAAGACGCUGCUGGUCAACCUGUCGAGCAUGCUGCCAGCGCCGCCGAGCAUGUUCGGCACCUCAGCUGCCGGUGGCAGUUUACUUAUAAACAUUGCUUCGGGACUCCUCAGCAUGCUGCGCUUCACGUCGUCCACGCAGACGAUCUACACGCAUCCCCCUGUAGACAGGCACGAGCUGCUCGUGCGUCUCAAACGGGAGCACCCUGUAGCGAACCAGUCGUGCCUACUGCUGCUCGCCCUCGCCAACCAUUGUAUGAACGAAGACAAUUUGUACAGGAACGCGUUGCUGUGCUGUGAAGACACUGCUGAAACAGUUGCGACGACGCCACAGAAAGACUCGAACACGAGCGUGACUCAAGUCACCCCGCCGCGGGUCGACAUGACAGCUCUCCACAAGGCGCUGUGCGCGACCGCCGGCUGCGAGCACUCCACCCUGCUGCUGUACCUGAUGCUGCACUCGUGUAACGCCUACAAGAGGCACAUAGCCAGCGACCCACACAUUGAGAAUUUGAUAGUGCCAAUACUGCAAGUGUUGUACAACGCGCCGGACAGCAACUCCCACCACAUAUACAUGUCACUGAUAGUUCUCCUCAUCCUCACCGAAGAUGAUGCCCUCAUCAAGAAUGUCCAUCAAAUUAUGCUGAAGAACCUCACGUGGUACACGGAGCGGUCCAUAUCGGAGAUCUCGCUGGGCGGUCUGAUGGUGCUUGUAAUAGUUCGCGCGCUGCAGUACAACAUGGCGCGCGUGAGAGACAAGUACCUGCACACGAAUUGUCUCGCCGCCAUCGCGAACAUGAGCUGUGAAUUCCGAAAUCUUCAUCCGUAUGUCGCGCAGCGGUUAAUAUCACUGUUUGAAACGCUGACGAAGCGGAGAGCGAGACUUUGUGCAGAAGUAGAAGGCGGUGACAUUAACACUCUAGACUUACCACAUCACGCAGAAGAGAAGACAGAAGAAAUUAUGGACCAUAUAAGCGUGUUGGACGAGGUGCUCCGGAUGCUGCUGGAGAUCAUCAACUCGUGCCUCAGCCACCAGUUGGUCAACAACCUGAACAUGGUGUACGCGCUCCUGCACAAGAGGCAACUGUUCCAAAUGCACCACAGCCACCACAUCACGCAAAACAUAGAGAUGGUAAUAGGAUAUUUUUCGACGCGCCUACAACGGGUGCAAGAGGGCGCUGGCGGCGACCUGGGCGUCACGGAGGUGCUCGCCUGUAUCAAGAAGGGCGCCGAGCAGUGGUCCAGCGAUAGGCUUAAGAAAUUCCCCGACCUAAAAUUCCGAUACGUGGAGGAGGAGCGACCUGAGGAAUUCUUCACGCCGUACGUGUGGGGACUGAUCAGCAAUUGCGGCGGCGUGUACUGGGCAAGCGAGUGCGGCGCGCGAGCAGUCGGCGAUCUGCUCGCUUGCUGAUCGCUCGUGUCCGCCAUUUUGUGUUGUUUUUAAUCGACUUCGAAACGUCAACUUGACAUGUGUCAAAGUGACAGAGGAUGCGAAGAUUUUUCAGAAAUGUAUAUAGUUUGGGCUCUGUUAAUGUGCAUUGUAUAGAAAAAAAGCUAAUCCCAAUUGCGUUCGGAUUUUAAAUAUCUUUUCUUAAAAUGUUGCUUUGUUUUCUGGCACAAAUUAAUUUUUAAUUCAUCAGUAAAGCCCUUAGUUCGUUUACCAUUAAGUUACAUAAAAAAAAAAUAUGCAACAUAAAUUCAGACAUGUUUUUUUUUCAACUUCGAUAUAUGAAAUUGAAAAAUAGGCAAAAAUAAUGUUUUAUAAAUGUACAGAACCUGGGCCCGAUUAAUAUACACUAUGUACGAUAAUUGUAAAUCGUAAUGUAUAAAAAUAAAAAAAAAUAUAUGCUCACGACAGUACAAUAGGGGAGUCAGUGACAUCUGUCGACGGUUCCCGUUGUGGUGAACGUAACACUCGUCACGCCCAUAUUGCGCCGAGCAUGUUGGAAUGCAACGCGGCACAGAGGCGAACCUGCCGCCGUCACUCGGACUAAAUUAAUUGCUAUUUUUAUCAGAAUUGAAUAAUAAACACUGAUAUUUAUAAAAAACAUAAAAUUUAUUAAUUAUUUUAUAAUUUUAACAUGAAUGUCACAAGCUGGGCUGAUAUAUUGAAAAAUAUAAUUCAUAAAUACUGUCAAUUAAAUGAAUUUGAAAAAAAGAACUCCUUUUGCUUUCCAAAUAGAAGUCGUUUACUGGCCAUUUUCAACACACUCCAAAUUGGAAUUUACAGAAGGUUGUCUUUUUUUUUUUAAUGUUUGUUACCUCAUAACUCCGUCAGUUGUAAACCGAUUUGAAAUACUCUGUUUUAUUUGAAAGGAUCUUACUUACAGAUCAUUUCAAUAAAAGGUAGUUUAGUUUUUAUAUCAGAAUAACUGAUUUUGUUACAACUUUGAAGUCGGUUUUUUGUGGAACUCACUCUUUUUAAUUAUAAGCUCUGUGAUGCGUAGAUACAAUAAUUUAUUUUGAGUCUUAUAGUCUAUUUCGAUAGAACAUAAUAAAAAAAUAUAUAUAUAUAAACAAAAAAAAAACAUAAAUCAAUUAUAAGACUGUCCGCUGAUAUCCAACAAAUAAUGAUCUAACAAAGAAAAAAAUCGAUUCAAGUAGAAUCUGGAUUAUUCAAAUCGAAUAAUACCAGGAAUUUUUUUUUUACAACACAGGGGGCAAACGAGCAUGCGGCUCACCUGAUGGUAAGUGACUACCGCCGCCCAUGGUCACCCACAACACCUACGGCAUUGCAGGUGUGCUGCCGGAAAAAAAAAGGAAUAUGCUCUUUUCUUGAAAGUUAUGUUGUCGUAUCGGUUCGGAAAUACUGCUGCUAGAAGUUGAUUCCAAAGAAUGGUUGUGCGUGGGAGAAAGUGCCUUGAAAAACGCACGGUGGAGGACCGACACUCGUCUAGUUGGUUGGGAUGAAAUUCCGUAUAAUCGAAAAUCCGGAUAAUCGACUUCAAACUCAAUUAGAACAAUACAUAAUUUUUUUUAUGUAAAGGGUUUUAUAUGCGUCAUUUAGACAAAACGAUAUAAAGAAAAUUACGAGCGAUAACGACAAUGGAUUACAUAAUACCCAUUUACCCAAUUAAUACAUAAUACAUAUUUCUAAAUUCGGUAAUUAGAGCAGUGAAGAUAAGUCCGGAUAAUCGAAUAUUCGGAUUCUACUGUAAUCGAUCGAAUGUAUCGAUUCUAAUAUCAUUUAACGAGUGUUCAUGGAAUAAUUUCAAUAAAGUUGGUCGGUUUUCAUUGAAUUCUAUUGAAAUAGAUUAUAUACUUUUAACAUUUAUACAGUACAAUAAUAUAAUUUGUAUAAGAUUAUUUAUUUAUUUAUUUAUUCUCUUAGAAAUAUAAUAUUAAUUAGAAACAAUAUUUCGAAUGUUUUUAUAUACGUAUUUGUAUAUAAAAAAAUUUUUUUGGAGUUCGCACGUCCUUGCGACUGUGUGAGUUACCGAGUAGUUACUAAAAACACAUCCCAGAACAUUCCAGACCAUAGACAAUUUUGAAAAGUCUCUCGUGUUGACCCGAGCGAGAAUCAAACCCAAUGUCUUAUCAUUCUUCAUAAAUGAAUGUCGUCAAAGAUGAUAACUUUUUUAAAUAUAUUAAUAUUAUGAAGAGGAAAGAUUUGAAUGUUUUUUUUUUAUACAACUUAGAAUGGCAAACAAGCUGACGGUUCACCUGAUGGAAAGUGGUAACCGUCGCCUAUAGACAUGAGCAGUACCAUGGACAUAACAAAGUAUACUGUUUCGCCCAUGAUACCCCCCAUGCGUUGCCAUUCCUGAGGACUCAGGUGUUAUUCCUCUGUAUCCAGUAAAUUCACGCCAUAUCCCACCCUUCAAACCGAAACACAGCCAUGCAAACACAACUGCUUCACGGUUGAAACACGUUUAUAAAUGGAUAAACUUAAAAACUACUCCAUGUGGAUUUAUAAAAAUUCUUUCACUUGUAAAAAAACUACAUUGGUAUCAAUUAUGAACUGCCUUUGUCUAAAUUUCUAAAAUCAAACUUUUAAUUCGAUAUCACAGGGAAAUCUCUACGGUUUUUUUUUUCUUUCAUAUCACUGAGGUGGCAAACAAGUAUAGGGCCCACCUGAUAGUAAGCGGUUUUUGUAGUCUAUGAAUGCCUGCAAUACCAGAGACAUUAUCCACGAAUUGCUGACCCUAAAGAAACAUUUUUUUACCAGUGUUUUUUUAUGAAGAACCACGUACUGUAGUCUUGGUGAAACCUCGACAAAGAAAAACCAAAGGUUGUCUGUAAGAGAUUGCCCUAACGAUAGGACCGCUUUUUGCACCUUCAUGUAUAUAUUUAAAUCCGUACUUUAUGCUACUAUAUUUCAUAAUUAUUCAUUUGCCAUUUUUUUUUAUUGGAUGAGUGGUAACCCCGCCUGCGCUAACGGGAUACGCUGGCGGAGCACCAGUGAAGGGUGAUAGAUGAGAAUGAAAACAGGCCAGUUAGCCCAGCAUGAUAAAUUCAUCAGGAAUUAACCAUGAUAGUUUCCAGGGGCAACCGCGAGGAGGUCGACCUGGUUGGAUAUAUUGCUAGCAAUGGGAUUCUUAGUCUCCAUUACUAACAAUCCCUUUCCCCCAUUCAAUUGCCAUUGUAAUAUUUUUGUUUCUGGUGCAAUAAAGAGAUAAAUAAAUAAAUAAAAAAUCACCUAUAACGCUAUUUCUAUCAUUGAUAGACAAGCAGAUGAAGGUUGUAUAAAGAUAUUUUUUAUACCACUGAGGUGGCAAACAAGCAUAGAGUCCACCACCAACAAGUGAUUACCAUAAGUCUAUGAACGCCUGCAAUACCAAGGGUAUUACGCGCGUGUUACCGAUCCUAAAGAAACCUCUACUCAUUCUUUUUAGAACCCCAUGCUGUAGUCUCUUGGAAAAACUUUGAUAGGCAGCUUAUUCCAUAACCUCAGCGUUCGUGGGAGGAAACAUCUCUGAAAUCGCGUUGUACACGACUGUCUAGGCUCUAAGGUACGCGGGUGAACUCUCUCUGUCAGGGGGAAGGGACUGUUAGCAAUGGGGUCUAAUGAACCCAUUGCUAGCAAUAUACUAUCAGGUCGACCUCCACGUGGUUCCCCCUGGAAACCAUCGUGAAUAAUUCUUGUUGAAUUCGUCACAAUGGACUAACUGACCUGCUUGAUCCUCACCUAUCAUCCUUCACUGGUGCCCCGCCGGUGUAUACCGAAAGCGCGGGCGGGGUUACCAUUCCAUUAUCACCCAUUAAAAAAACUCCCUGUCAAUGACGAGCUGUACGUUGGUAGAAAGUGUUGGUGGACAUCAUAUUGAACAAUUUCUCUGACCACAGUGCUUAUGUAUUAAUGAUAAGACCCAAUAUGAAUUAAUUUUGUAAUAGCUUUGCAUUGGUCCAUAAAAUAGUAAUUUCCCAAAAUUUACAAAUUAAAAUAUUUGAUUAAGAAGAGAAAUUUAGAAUGAAGGCACCUCAGAAUCGACCCUAUUAUAUCAGUGAGUAAAGUGAUACAAUAUUUUUAAAAAUUCUGUCUACCCGAGCGAAGCCGGGCCGGGUACCUAGUUGCACUAUAACAUUGAAGGAUUGCAUUUCAGAACAAUGUUCAAACCAUUUUUUUUUUUAUACAACUUAGAAUGGCAAACAAGCUGACAGCCCACCUGAUGGAAAGUGGUAACCGUCGCCUAUAGACAUGAGCAGUACCAUGGACAUAACAGAGUAUAUUGUUUCGCCCAUGAUACCCCCCAUGCGUUGCCAUUCUUGAGAUUCCUCUAUACCCUGUAAAUUCACGCUAUACCCCAUACUGCUUCACGGUUGAAACACGAAUGGGACAGAGGUACCCAAGCAAUCGAAUUUUGUACAAAGUCUCCCUUUGGACUCAUAGACUGUUUAAUGUACUACGUCAUAAUCUGUGGUUCAAAGUAACUCUAGUACAUUUGAGGAAAAUAGCAUAUUUGGUUAGUUUAAAAUCUACCAAAAAAUCAGUGCUAACAAACGUUAGCACUAUAAAUAAUAUGUAAAAAAAAGUAAAUAAUUUGUCAAUCAAUACUCAUACUGUUAUAAUAGGCGUAUUGAGGCGUAGGCGUAUUUGAGGAGGGGGGGAGGGGGCACCUUAAGGCAUAAACAAUACAGACAUGUCCGAGAUCACUUGGCCGCAAUGACCACAACAGAAUAUCAGCGUUUUGAUCUUUUGAGGGCAAAGAAAUAAAUCGAGUUGUGACCAUUUUGCGUUACUUUGACGCACUCACGAGAAAUUGUGUAACCUCUUUUAUGUACUUUAUUUUUUUUUUUGUAUUAUGUUUUUUAUGUAUGUACCAAUAUCUAAUGUUAUUUGUGUGAUGUAAGUAAUGCAAAUAAAUUAUAUAUCUAUCUAUGUGCUCUUUUUAAGGGGUCAGACCCCCUCGAAUAAUAGUCUUAAAUACGCCAAUGAUAAUAACGUCUAAGAGUUGACAAUAAAAAAGAUUACUGAAUCAAA